GCAUUUUGUCGCAACGAGGCAGCACUGAUCGACUGCCGCUGCUGGCUGGCGCCACUCCAUCACUAGUGGAGUGGAGUGGUGCUUCCAAUGCAGCCAACGAGCGAAUGCCUGCCUGCCUGCCCGCCUGCAGUGAGUGCUGCAAGUGAGGGAGGGAGGAAGGAGGAAGGAGGGGGGUGCGAGGCACACACUCUCUGAGAGAGACAGAGAGACAGACAAAGCGGGGGUCUUCUCAUACACUCUCAGGGACGGACAGACAGACAGACAGGAGGCUAGACUGAAGUGCUUGGGCUCCUUGCCGUGUUCUCUUCUGUCACCAGUCCUCACACAAACAAACUUCGGGAUUGGAGAUCGAGUUUUGGUAGCAGGAGGACGACGAGGCGAGAAGGCCGAUUCGAGGGCCCGGAUCUCGCUGUUUGUGCUCCUUCGACUCGUGAUUUCAGGCACAUGCAGGCCAGGGGACAGUGAAGCGUGAGUGAGGCUUGCAUGCUUCACAUUGCGGACCAUCUUCUGUGGUAGCCCAAUUAUGAGAAGGCCUCCUCUGUUCUAGGAAGUCAAGUUUAUACCGGCUUUUGUACAAUUUGAAUCCAUCAGCGGAAAGCAUGAGAGAAAGGCCAUCUGCAGUCAAGCCUGUGAAGCCGCCACAGCUCAAGGAACAUGAUGGAGAAGUGUCUCCCUUUUUGGUUUCAAAACUGCUGAGUCCUGAUGCCGACUGGGAUCGAGAGCAACUGGGCGAUGUAUUGCAUUGGAUUAGGCAAGCCCUUGGGCUGUUUUUGGGCGUUAUAUGGGGAGCCGUUCCUGUGACAGGGGCACUGUGGUUAAUUCUGUUCUUUGCUGUGACUUCUGGGGUGAUAUAUGGAUAUUAUCAUCUGAUUUUGAAAGUGGAUGAAGAGGAGUUCGGAGGUCAUGGUAGCCUGUUGCAGGAAGGCUUGUUCGCUUCAUUCACAUUAUUUUUGUUGGCUUGGAUUCUGGUCUACAGCCUCUUCCAUUUUUGACGGUCUUCAUUCUUGUGAAAUUAUUAAUAGAAGAAGCAUGCGUUUUUACACUCAGAGCGAGCCGCCAUUGGUAAUUGUUGGCAUGAGCUCUAGCCUGCUGCCAUUCUGAAGUCAUUAGUCGGGUGGCAUGCCGACUAGAUUGUGGUCUUCAAAGAGAGAUUACAAACUGGUCUCUAGAAGUUGUAAAGUUUCUAGAAAGCUGAUGCAGUUGUGGUGUACAUGUAUAAUUUGGUUGCCAUGUUUGUCGGAUGUGUGCUAUU